AUGCCGAGACGCGUCAAACGUGGCGGAUGGAAUAGCAGGCUUCAAAACCAAUCGGAGAAGAGAGGGGUGGUUGUCAUUCUUCAGAGUCAAACCCCAAUCCUAUCUAGAUCUCUCAACAAGACACUCUGUAACUCGAGAGCAAUAGCUCCCACUGGUUUGUUGAAGUAUUGCGGGGCUGAAGGCCAAUCGCACUCUCACCGCCCAUUAUUGUCGGGCCACCCCUCUUACGUCGGUGUCCCUCCUCUCUCGAUCUCUCUCCUACUUUGUACUGACUUGUCCUUUACUGAUUCGCACCUCCUACCUCACACAGCGUUACAUUUUUACUUCUCUUCUAUAACCCUCUAUCAUCCUCUAUCAUCCGUCGAUUGCGUUCGGAUCGCUACCCUUCUCCGUGCUCGUUGA